GGGCCGGGUCACUCGGGUGGAGUCUUCGGACAGCUGGUGCAGCAGAUCGAAGGAAACUUCGCUUCGCUUCAGUCAUGGCCUGUGGUCUGGUCGCAAGCAACCUGAAUCUCAAACCUGGAGAGUGUCUCAGAGUUCGGGGCGAUGUGGCCCCCGACGCCAAGAGCUUUGUGCUGAACCUGGGGAAAGACAGCGACAACCUGUGCCUGCACUUCAACCCCCGUUUCAAUGCCCACGGGGACUCUAACACUAUCGUGUGCAACAGCAAAGAUGGUGGAGCCUGGGGGACUGAGCACCGGGAGCCUGCCUUCCCCUUCCAGCCCGGGAGCACCGUGGAGGUGUGCAUCACCUUUGACCAGGCUGACCUGACCAUCAAGCUGCCAGAUGGACAUGAGUUCAAGUUCCCCAACCGCCUCAACAUGGAGGCCAUCAACUACAUGGCGGCGGAUGGCGACUUCAAGAUCAAGUGUGUGUCCUUUGAGUGAUGCCAGCCCGCCCAUAGGCCUCAAUAAAGGCAGCUGCAUCUGCCUCCCACAACCCA